GCCCAAACUGCCCGCAAGAUCACGGGCAGCACUCUCAGUAACACUGACAUCCAAACACUCCCUUACCACUAUGGCUCCUUCAUCAUCAUCUCAUUCCUUCUCACAGCUGCUGCUUCUCAAUCAUCUCUUUUUUACCCUUUGAUUUUUUAUAUCUAUAGCUUCACCUAUACAUACGUCCAUCUCUCGCCCUCUGAUUUCUCUCUCUGCUUCAUCCGACGGUCCACAAUGAACGCCGCCUCUCUUCUCUGUUUCCCCUGGCUUUAGCUCUCCAAUCUCUCAGAUCUGCUGCAUCCAACCUCAGAUCUACUCUUCUGGUUUAAUUUUUCGCACUGUAGCGUACUGAAGAAAUGGAAAUAUUAGCUAGUAGUUUUGACGAAACGAUGACGUUUAACGUCGUUAAUCCGGGUGUGCUAACGUGCGCCGGGGAAGCAGUGGUUUUAUUAGCUGCAGCUGUUGUCUCGGCUUUGGUCAAAACUUCCCUCGUUGUUCUCACGCAGGAGUACCUCAAUCUGCUAAGAAACAAGCCCAAAAUGAGAGGAGACACUGAAACCUACUGCCCAUGCAAGCAACUUGAUGCAGAGGGGGGCGAUGGUGAGGAUGACGACGAUGAUGAUGAGGAUGACGGUGAAGGUGAGGAGGACUUGUCGUCUGAAGAUGGGGAUGAUUUUGGCAGCAACCCCAACAAUAACAAGAGCAAUCCUAAGAAGGGUCCAGGUGCAGGAGGAGGAUCAGGUGGGGCGGAAGAGAAUGGUGAGGAUGAUGAUGAUGAUGACGACGAUGAUGGCGAAGAUGACCAAGAUGAAGACGACGACGAUGACGACGACGGUGGUGAUGAAGAAGAAGAUGGUGGUGAAGAAGGUGAAGAGGAAGUUGUCGAGGAAGAGGACGAGGAAGAGGAAGACGAUGAAGAGGAAGAAGCUCUGCAGCCCCCAAAGAAGAGAAAGAAGUGAAUCUGAAGAAAGAAUAAUCCAUUCUCCUUGUAUCCAUAUGUGACUUAUUUGCCAACUCCUCGGCUCAUACUGGGAGGACCAGGUCUAUCUAGGAUAAAUGUUAUCUUGCAAUUAAAUUUCCAUAGAACGGUUAGAGUACUUUGUAUGACUGCAACUGUGGCAAAUUUGAAGAGAGUGCAUAAAUUUGGCAGUUUAACAGUUGACCGAUUUAAAAAAAAACAAUAAACGUCCAAGGUCAAUUGCUAA